UUUUUGUUGGCAUUUAAAGCACAGAAUGCUAAAAGAGAUGGUUCAUUCGGACAUAUUAUUUUAAAAGUUUCUCACAAAUAUUUUCACUGGAUACCUGUUUCGUUAUCUUUUCAAAAAAAGGCUAGAGCUAAUAAAGCAAAUACGGCUAAAAGGAUAACUACUAUGGCUCAUUGGGAAGCCAAAGCUCCUUUAAAGUCUGGCAUUCAAUUAGCUAAUCCCAUCUAA